AUGAAGGCUCCCGGCGCCGGAGUUCGGAUGAGGAGGGAAGCUAGAGCCCCGCCCGCGAGACGGGGAAGCCGGCCCGAGACUCCUCUGCUGAGGUGGAGGUUCGAUGAGGGCGGUGGCGAAAGUUUUCCGGCCGCGGAGGAGGAUAAAUCAGGCGGAGAAGCUGGCCGCAAGAGUCGGCGGAGGAUCAUUCCAGGGGUCUCGGCCAGGAAGCUCGCCGCUGGCCUGUGGCGCCUCCAUAUGCCGGAGUUUCAGAUUCAUACCAGCCAAAGGGUAGGAGGGUUUCAGUUCGGAGUGGACCAUUUUGGAGGCACUCUCGAUUGUCAUCAUGUCGACAGAGUGCAUGGUUUGACAGAUAAUGACAUGGUGCAUAGUCCAAGAUCCGUGUCUGAUCCGAAACAUGGACAUCUCUUUAAGAAGGCCCGCGCGCUGAUCGAGGAUGUUUGCGAUGAGCUGGCGAAGGAGAUUGAGGAGGAUAAAGCUGAGGUGGAGGCUCUUAAGAGAGAGUGCAUGAGUCUUGGUGAGGAAGUCGAAGAGGAGAGGCGAAUGCUGCAGAUGGCCGAGGUGUGGCGUGAAGAGCGCAUGCAGAUGAAGCUUGUGGAUGCCAAAGUCAUGCUCGAAGACAAAUACUCGGAGAUGAGUGGUCUGGUCGCGGGCCUCGUCUCUUUGUUGAGUUCCAGUUCGGGCCCAGGCCCAGAAAAGAUAGAGAAGGCCGAGUUUCUGAUCCAGGUGGCGAAAUCAGUGAGCAUGCAGGAUGUGAGGGAGUUGACUUACGAACCACCAAACCUGGACGACAUUUUCUCCAUGCUGGGAGAAGGGGAGUGCAGUCAGGCCUCAAAGAUCCACACGGUGAGCCCGGAAGUGAAAGUAAUUGUGAGGGACGGGGUCCACCACGCAUAUACCGAUCAGAUUGGAGAGUUAUUGGAGGAGGAUGUUAGCGAGUGGGAGACUGUGAGCCAUCAGGGUUCGAGCUACUCACCCGAGGGCAGUGAUCCUUCGGUCAAUAAUAGAAACUUUAGGGCCAGAAGUGUUCCGAUAAAUGCGACCGAAUGGGAAAAAGAAGGACGAAUAGUGGAGAUUGGCGAGGUUGACUCAGCCCGAAUGAGGCAGAUAAAGAGGGACUCGUCUAUAUCUAAUAAGCUGUGGAAGUCCUGUCCAAAUAAUGGGGAUAGUUACAAGAUUGUAUCUAAUGGGACUGUGUUUUCCCCAUAUAAUGGGCUGCCGCUAAGCCCACAGGAUUUGUACGGUCAGUGGAGUUCACCCGAUUCGGGUAAACCUCGUGUGAAUCGCGCAAUGAAAGGGUGCAUCGAGUGGCCGAGAGGUGCUCAGAAGAGUAGUCUCAAAGCUCGGUUUUUGGAAGCUAGGAUGGGGAGUCAGAAGGUCCAGUUGCGCCAGGUUUUGAAGCAUAAGAUUUAG